UGGAAACUAGCUGCUACCCGCUGUUUAUACAGAAAGCAGCCAUGUGACUUUGUUCCCUGACAGGAAGAAGUGCAGUUGUAGUGAAGCUCAACUCAGCCUCAACUAAACAAAUAGAGCAUUUAAUGUGUUCCUUAUGGAUGCCACCUUAAAAUUGUUGUCGUUAAACCCAGAAGACCAGGGUACACAAAGAUGUCGACUUGGACCCAAAGCAAUGUCUCUUAUUGGUGCAAAGAUAGGAUCCCCUGUCUUAAUCAUUUUACCAAGUUGCUACUGCUUGUGCACAGUUUGGCCAAGAAAAGAUUUGUGUGAAGGAUUUUUGCAGAUUGAUGUUAUGUGUUCUACAGUACUAAAAUCUUUGGAGUCAUUUAGUGAAAAAACCUUAAGUUUGAACCAGUUAAAAUGCUUAAACGUUGUUAGAUUAAGGAAGAUUACAGUAAAGGUAGUUUUAAAAAACUUAAAAAUGAAACAAAUUACCAGUGGAACAACACUCCACGAGAUUGUGAGAGACAUGCUAAGGAAUGUCUAUGUGUUAUCUCAGUUUGUUGUAUCUGUUAAAGAAGAUUCACCAGUUGCAAAUGUGGAGGUACUUGAUACUGAUCAGUUAUUAGAAGAGGCUGGGCUUGUUACAGCAAAAACAAACAUAUGUAUAAAGGAGGUUAUUACGCUUGAGUGGUACAAUCAUGUAUUUCAGUCUGUCCCUGGAUAUCAGAUUGCUGGAAUGGAUGAUGUAUGUGACUUACUGAAAGAAAUCAUUCAUUUACCCAUGCGUUAUCCAAAGACAAUAUCCAAAUUAGGUCUUGCUUGUCCCAAAGGAUUACUGUUGGUUGGACCUCCUGGUGUUGGGAAGACUCUGUUGGUAAAAGCUGUUGCAAGAGAUGUUGGGGCAUAUCUGAUUAGCAUCAGUGGUCCUUCCAUUUAUGGUUCAAGACCUGGAGAAAGUGAAGAGAGUUUACGGACAGUCUUUGAAAAAGCAAGAGACAUCUGUGCUGAAGGUCCAUGUGUUCUUUUUAUUGAUGAAAUUGACUCUUUGUGUCCUAAACGUGGGAAUUCAAAUAAUGCUCCUGAAAACAGAAUUGUUGCUCAGCUUUUGACACUUAUGGAUGGUAUUCACAGUGAUAACAAAAUGGUUAUAGUCGCUGCAACAAAUCGACCAGAUGCCUUAGAUUCAGCACUAAGAAGACCUGGCAGAUUUGACAGAGAGAUUGUGAUUGGAACCCCAACACUCAAACAGAGAAGAGCUAUCCUUGAAGUCUUGACUUCAAAUUUGCCCAUUAGUGCAGAUGUGGAUGUGAACAGUUUGGCGGACAUGACUGUGGGGUAUGUAGGAGCUGAUCUUACAGCCCUCUGUAGAGAAGCAGCCAUGCAAGCUGUGCUUCAAACGUGUGUGGAUGAUCAGGAUAAUAUAAUCAAAGGAACUCAUUUUUAUGAAGCUUUUAAAAAAAUCUGCCCUACAUCUGUCCGGAGUUCUAUUGGGCAAGUGGAAUUAAAACCCAUUUAUUGGGAUCAAAUUGGUGGCCUUGAGGACAUCAAACUACAAUUACAACAGAGCAUCGAGUGGCCAAUGAAAUAUCCAGAUGCCUUUAUCAGAAUGGGUUUGUCCCUGCCAAAAGGAGUGCUUCUUUAUGGACCCCCAGGAUGUGCAAAAACCAUGCUGGUGAAAGCUGUAGCUACAAGCUGCCAUUGCUCAUUCUUAUCAGUUAGUGGUGCUGAUCUGUUUUCACCAUAUGUGGGGGAUUCCGAAAAGACUCUAGCACAGGUUUUCAGACAAGCAAGGGCAAGCACUCCAGCCAUUGUAUUCCUGGAUGAAAUUGAUGCUAUCCUGGGUUCUCGGUCAGAAUCCAGUACAGGUGCUGGGGUCCAGGAGAGAGUUCUGUCUGUACUUUUGAAUGAGCUGGAUGGUGUGGGAAUAAAAAUAACAGAACGCAGAGGAAAUCAUGUGCAGCUUGAAGGUCAUAAAAAUGAUUAUAAUGAAAAGUUUGAAUUUCAGGAGGUUGUGAAUAAAUCUGUGAUGGUUGUGGCUGCAACAAACAGGCCUGAUAGUUUAGAUGAUGCAUUGUUGAGACCUGGAAGGCUGGAUAAGCUUCUCUACAUACCUCCGCCAGAUGAAAAGGCACGUUUAUCUGUACUUAAAAUCUGCACCACCACUAUGCCAUUAGAUCCCGAUGUGUGUCUAGAAAACCUGGCAGCUGAUACUGCAUCUUAUUCUGGAGCUGAUCUCCAAAAUCUCUGUAAAGAGGCUGCUCUUGUGGCACUGCAUGUGAAUGGACUACAAACAUCAUCAGUGAAGCAGGAGCAUUUUCAAAAAGCAUUGACAUCAGUAAAGCCAUCUUUGAGUUUCAAGGAUCUGCAAAUGUAUAAAAACCAGUUUGGACAUAAUAGCCGUGUAUAACCCUUUAGGAGAACACUCAUAUUACAUUUUUAUCUUAAGGAUAAUGUGACUUUUUACAUCUCAGUGCAAAUUCCAUUGUUAAAUAGAUAUUUACAUUACUUAUUUUGAUACUGCUUUUCAACCACUAGUUGAAAUGUUCUGAAAGCAGAAAGGAAAUGGUAGUUGGAACAUUUAGGAUUCUAUUGUAUAAGAGAUUAUCACUCACUGUUUCAAGCAACAACAAAUAUCACUUUAGUCUUUAGGAAUAUUUUUUCAUGUCAAAACUAAGAAAUGAAGAAAGUCCCUAGGGCAGGAAACCUAGUGGUUCAGAAUUCCAUUUUUCCUCCAUAAAAGGUACCAAGGCAACUCCGCAGGUAGGUGUUUUCCUGUUCUUAAAAGGGACAGUCAAGUCCAAAAUAAACUUUCAUGAUUCAGAUAGGGCAUGUAAUUUUAAACAAAUUUCCAUUGUUUCCAAUUUACUUUUAUCACCAAGUUUGCUUUGUUCUCUUGGUAUUCUUAGUUGAAAGCUAAACCUAGGUAGGCUCAUAUGUUAAAUUCUUAGACCUUGAAGGCCCCCUCUAAACUGUAUGCAUUUUGACAGUUUUUCACCACUAGAGGGCGCUAAUUUGUGUAUAUCAUAGAUAACAUUGAGCUCACUCACGCACAUGAAGUUACCUAGGAGUCAGCACUGACUGGCUAAAAUGCAAGUCUGUUAAAAGAACUGAAAUAAGGGGGCAGUUUGCAGAGCCAUAAAUUGAAGGUAUUUACUGAGGUAAAACGUGUAUUAUAACUGUGUUGGCUAUGCAAAACUGGGGAAUGGGUAAUAAAGGGAUUACCUAUCUUUUUUAAACAGCAAAAAUUCUGGUGGUGACUGUCCCUUUAAGAUAGGAGACAUUGAAUGAUACUUAACAAUUCAGGUUCCAGUAGGGGGUGUCCUUCCCCACUGUCAUUUCUCAGGUCAGCAGUUUGUUGUCCUUGGUUUUCUCCUGGCUAGUUUCUCUGUAUUUUGCAGUUUAUUUUAUUUGCUUUCCUGUAUAUUAUUAGCCUUUAUAAAUGUGUUUCAAGUGGUUAGCGCCAUGUCACUCUCUGGGCGGUGUGACCACUUCAGACAACACUAGGGUGAUCUUGUUGGCAUUAUUAAAUACAGCUUUCAGUAUAACUCCUGUUACAAAAGUGCAGUCAGCUGAUACGCAGGAUCCCAGGCUUGAAUUGUCCCAGACACCAGAGAGAGCAGCCAUUGAUGGAGUUAUCUUGACACUGAUUAUUAUUAUCAUCAUCAGGUAUUUGUAGAGCGCCAACAGAUUCCGCAGCACUGAUAUUCUCAUCUUGGCGACAGCAGGACAAGCCACCCGCCUUAGGUUCUUUUAACCUUUUUUCCAAGACACCGUAUUUUGGUCCCUGCAGGUCUGGGGCUGGAUAAGUACCUACAAAUUCCAUGCAAUGUCCUCUGUAUGAGUGGUAUAUAUUUGUUUGUGUUAAUAUCUAUGGUAAAUAUGCCCUUCAAAUUUUAUUUCAUUUACUAUUUGCCUGCAAUAGUCAUUGUAGUUUCACUUCACAUUUCUUUAUGCUUCUGCUAUAUUUUUUGUGGUUUAUUUAUAGGCCAUUUAGUGUAAUGUUCAGUACAACGUUACUUAAAGUGAUGGUAAACUUUAUCUUCAAAUGCUAUAUAUGUAAUUUUUGCUAUUAAAAAAGUAUAUGUGUA